CUUUGCACACUGCAGGUGAGUAUACAAACUCACAGUGUCGAAUGUUCUCAACUUUUAGCUUAUUUAGACGUUAACUAUGUUCUGCAUUUCUUUGGGGUUAGCUUUAGUUAAAUUCAUCAUUGGCGCCACCUCCCAGAACUCUACUACAGCUACCGUAGGAAGUUCUUUAAAACAUGAUUUUGAUUGGUCGCUUUAUGGAGGGCCUCCUACCAGUGGAAGCAUCGAAGGAACACCUGAUCACCAGCAGUCAUUUCAGUCAUCAUCAUCGUAUUUUUCAUGGGAAAUACAAGAAGCUUCUGUGUAUGAAACAGAUUAUGAUUCACAAGAAAGUGUCCCCAAUAGUAGCUCUAAGCCUACAUCAUAUUACAAUGAUAGUAGCUCAACGGCAAUAAGAGUAGUCGAUCCCUGCCUCGAAGAUAAAUGUGAAAAUGGCGCCACCUGUACGCCUGACCCAAACUAUUCUAAAGAAUACAGAUGCACUUGCGUUUUUGGUUGGUUAGGAAUAUACUGUGACACACCAGAUGAUACUGGUAAAAAUGAGACUAAUGUUUCGUAUAAUGGUACAGAAGAAUACAAUGGAGAAGAGAAGGAAGAGUUAAAUAAUGGUACAGAUGUCGGAGUAGAUCCAACCGAAAAUGGCAGAAUAGACGAAGAGUUAGUCUACGUUGACAUUAAGUCAACAAAAAGCAUAAAUUCCACAACUACGUCAGAAAAAUACAGUACUCUGACAUCACCAGCAAUAACUAACAACACAGAAAGUACGGCUACGCCUAAGUUUAUAGAAAUUAAAGAAAGCACAACUCAGUCUUUAAAAACAACAACUAGUGGCAUAAUAGAUGAUGAUGACGUAAAGGAAGAUGAUGAUGUGACUAUGACUACAAGUGAUGUAAAUUCAGGACCAACAAUAGAAGUAAGGUAUUAUACACUAAGAGAUGAUAUAACCACAUCAGCAAAAAAUGAACCCUCAACAACCGAUGAAGGUAGGCCUACAACAACUAAAGGAGACGGCUCAGAAGCAUCAAAUGGUGGCACGCAAAGCACUAAAACUAUGAAACGCGGUUACAAUGUUACGAGCAUUGAAUCUCUUACUAAAGCUGUGUCUACUGAAGAUAGGCAGGUAGUCUCAAAGACUACAGACAGCAAUAUUAUUGCGUCAACAUCGACUCAAGGUGAGUAUGCCACAGAAAAUGGAGAAGGUGCCCAGGAAGCUUCAUUCGGUAAAACCUCAACCGAGUUAUCAGCAGAUAGUAGAACGCCGUCUAAAGACACGAAUUCAGUAAUAACGGAUGGAUCUUCAGAUUCUUCACAAGCAAAUACAAAUUAUAUUGAUAAGGAAAAUUUCAUUCUGAUUGGUCUUAGUGUAUUGAUCUCCAUUUUGGUGAUUUUGAUUGCAAUAUCUAUUAUCAAGAAACGAAGGUUUAAUAAUGACAGACGUCCUGACACAGAGGAUUUGGAAUCAGAACUAACCUCUGGCAAAAUGCAAUCAUCGACUGCGUAUGAUAAAUAUGAUGAACAUAUAAUUCAAACAACUACUAUCUCUGACGCUGCACAGAAAAGGACUCUCAUUAAAUCAUCAACUUUGUCAACAACAUCUUCCUCCCAACUUGAACGAUCACCAUCAUCGUCAGCUACCCCAUCAAUGUCACAACAAGCGUGUAAGCCCAAAACAGUCCAGGCGAUAACAGGACAACUAGAAAACGGUGUAAACUUUUCGGUGAAUAUUGGUGCUAAUAUUGGUUGAUAAAAACACGUCGUUACUAAAAUGCUUAAGACGAUCCUUUUGAAGCAAACGUUCGUGAGAGCAUUAUGAGAAGCAAAUGUUGCAGUGAAGAAUGGAAAUAUUGGCCAAUAUAACCAAAAUCACAAGAGGGUUUAUGAUUUUCUCUUUCUUCUAUUAUGUAUUUUUUCAAAGAUCUCGGCUUGUCGUUUAUAAUGCUUAAGACGCGUAUUACGACCCUGUUGUUCGCAGUGCGUCGAGAACUAAAAUUAUUUCAUGCAUGAAAUUUAUAAUGAAAAAAAAAUAUUAGGUGUAAAAUUCAGUGGAAUUGACAGAGGAAUUAGAGUACCUUGUUGGUAUUAUAGUCGACGCAGAAAUUUAAACAUUAUAACUAAGACGAAAGUUACACUAGUAAUUUCAUGUAGUUUAACUCAAACACAAAUCUGGUGUACUGGAUUCUAUUAAAAAAAAAAUUAUAUAUAACCAUAAGCUUUUAUUCAAAUAUUAUAUCAUUAACAGUUCCUUAAAUAGGCAAUAGGCCUAAUUAUUUUUUUAAGGCGAUUAAUUUGAUUUGGCGGCCAUUUCAUAAAAAGAGUUGUUAUUUGGUAGCUACGUAUUGAUAACUUGACAUAGUCCUGUUUUGCUACAAUCCAAAUCCGCUGUAUUUAAAUACUUCCUCUUACUGAUUACUUUAACAUUUUAUGCCAGGCAAUUCAUGGAAGUUUGGCAGCCAACCAUGCAAUGUGCAGACAACUUCAUUAUUUAAGACUUAAGUUUUAAUGUUUAAAAAAUAAUUUAUAUAUUUAACACUUUUACUGUGUAUUUUUUAAGUCAAUUUACUACCCUGGAAAUUUACGUACGUAAAAUUUACACUAAAACUUACAAAUCGAAUAUUAUUUGUCUCAUUGUUACAGUACAAUUCUGUCACACAAUCAAUCCAUUUACUAUCCAAAUCCAAUACAUAAAAGAUUUGGGUCAGUACAGUACUCAUACAUUUACUACGAAGUUCAGUAACUAAAAGUCGCGUAGUCAGUGUGUGGUCGAUUCUGCUCUAUAGAAUGGAUAUGACGAUUAUUUACAGCCUGAUUUACUGUUUACUUGCAAACUUACUGAAAGUCCCGGUCGUAAACACAUUAGGUACGUUUAAUGUUUAAUAAUAUUUUCAUUAAUAUUUUAUUAGUACAGUAUGUCUGCAUAUUAUUAUUGCCUAAUAUGGCAAAUGUGAGCUUAUUAGAUUAGUUUGAAAAAAAGUAAUAACAACUUUAGUGUGCAACUAUUCUGA